CAUCGGACAUCCAAUCAUUGUAGUCCACUAACAGAUGUCGACCUUUUAUUUCAAUAACCGGAUCGGUUUACUGGUCCGACCGGUAUUUAAAGCACUCUCAUUCUUUCUCAAGACCAUAGUUACCUUAAACCACCAAGGAUCAGAAGAAGAAGAUGGUGAACUAUGUGCUCAAAAUCACGGCUGAUCUCGAGAAUCUCACUAAUCUCCAGCCCUCCGGUGGCUGCGACGAUCCCAACUUCCCUUACCUCUUCAAGUUGAAAUGUGAACAAUGCGGAGAGGUGACUCAGAAAGAAACAUGUGUUACUUUGAAUGAGACUUUUACUCCUCCUGGUGGUAGGGGUACUUGUCAUCUUGUUCAGAAGUGUAAGUUCUGUGGAAGGGAAGGGAAUGUGACAAUGAUUCCUGGAAAAGGCCGACCUUUAACCGGGGAAGACUCUGAGGCUGGAGAACAUGCUCCUCUUAUGGUGUUUGACUGUCGAGGCUACGAACCCAUUGAUUUCGGGUUUGGUGGAUUUUGGAAAGCUGAAGCUGUAAGUUGUAACGUUAACAGUGGAAUCUGGAACCAAGUUUGAUGAGAUUGAUUUGUCGAGCGGAGAGGAGUUCACAGAGUAUGAUGAGAAGGGUGAGUGCCCUGUUAUGAUAUCAAACUUCCGUGCAAGCUUCACCGUCACCAAAUGAUCUGUUCUGUUUCUUUUUCUCUACACACUUGGUGUUAUGUAACAAUUCUAAUAAAGUUCUGAAACUCAUUACUCAGUUCUAUUUUCAGCUACAAAAGCCAUUCAAAGUUUGAGAAUUUGCAAGGAGAAGGUAUAUAAAUAAGCAAACCUUUGUUUACAUUAA